AUGGACCCCACCGCUCCGGGUGAGCAUGAGCGUGAGCGUGAGCGUGAGCCUCACGGAGCUCUGGCCUUGGUCCCUUCUCACGGCAUCAGCAUAAAUCUGCCCUCGCCGGCCACCGAGCACCACCACCCGCUGCCGGUCAGGCACAUGUCUGCGCCGGCCUACCAGAGUCCUCUCCGACACCAUCGAAGAGCCCCCUCGAGAUCGAAAGGCGUGAAAGAGACAUUGGAUGCGCGGUCGCAUUAUGGCAGUAGCGAUGACGACGGUGGGGCCAUACAUCGCAUCAACCAGUACAUUAUCAAGCAAGAGAUAGGCAGAGGUAGCUUCGGCGCGGUGCACUUAGCCGUCGAUCAGUAUGGCAACGAAUUUGCUGUCAAGGAAUUCUCCAAGUCACGACUGCGGAAACGAGCCCAGUCCAACCUGCUCCGGAAGCCAAAUGCUGCUAGGAGACCGGGACAUCUCGCUGCGGGCAUUGGCUUCAACUCACCUCUACAUCGACAUUCCUCUUCAGACAAACUCAAUGGCACCACGAACAAUUCACUGGAGCUCAUCAAAGAGGAGAUUGCCAUUAUGAAGAAGCUAGAUCAUCAUAAUCUUGUGUCGCUGGUAGAAGUGCUCGACGAUCCACAAGAGGACUCCUUAUACAUGGUCCUUGAAAUGUGCAAGAAGGGCGUGGUCAUGAAGGUAGGGCUUGACGAACGUGCAGAACCUUAUCCUGAAGAAGCAUGUCGCCAUUGGUUUCGAGACAUGAUUCUUGGUAUUGAAUACCUCCACGCACAGGGCAUAGUGCAUCGGGACAUCAAACCAGACAAUUGCCUCAUUACUCACGACGAUGUGCUCAAAAUCGUCGAUUUUGGCGUUAGCGAAAUGUUCGAAAAAGAUGGCGACAUGCACACCCAGAAGUCGGCAGGAAGUCCGGCCUUCAUGCCACCCGAGCUGUGUGUUGCCAAGCAUGGCCCAGUGAGCGGGAAAGCAGUUGACAUCUGGAGCAUGGGGGUGACAUUGUACUGCUUGCGAUAUGGUCGAAUACCUUUUGAAAAGUACGGGAUGCUGGAGAUGUACGAAAGCAUCAAGAAUGACGAAAUACCGCUCGAAGACGAGACCGACAAAUCAUUCGAAGAUCUCAUAAGAAGAUUGUUGGAGAAGGAUCCCGAUAAGAGGAUCACAAUGGAAGAACUUCGAGAACAUCCCUGGGUUACACGAAACGGCACCGAUCCGAUGAUGUCUGCGGAAGACAAUUGCGCAACUCUGGUGGAAGCACCCACAGAGAACGAAUUGAACCAAGCUAUCACGGGCAACAUGGCACACCUUAUGACGGUGAUGAAAGCUGCCAAGCGUUUCAAGAAACUGAUCUACCGGAAACGACCACAGUUCAUGGAGGGACUAUUCGGGCGCGAAUCACGACUAUCUGCAGCACCUACGUCGAUGCGAGCCAAAAGCGUAGAUGUGUCUGAUCGGAGAGCGGUGGAGACAGCCCUUACUACUGAAGGCGUGCAUAGAAACAUGGAGGAUGAGAUCGUCAAAGCACCAAGCUUACACCGGCUCGCUGUGGACUCACCUUCGCCGCUUGAUAGUACCGGCGGAGUCGUUGAGUCUCCAGCUUUGUCAUAUUCUUCGCAGACUCCCUCACAAUCUGACGACCAAAUCGAGCGACCACAUCUUAGCACGAAAGCAAGCACGUUUCCGCUAGACGAACGGGGGAAAGGCCACGCCCAUGAUCCACUCGAAGAUCGAAUCUAUCUCAACAUAGGAGCUGGUGGUGAUAUGGACGGCAUUGAUGAGCUAGAAGGACCAAUCGUCUGCGAGAGUCCGGGUGGUGUCGAUGAAGACAUCUACGAGGCUGCAUACCAGCUUGAGAUCAAUCGCAUCUUAGGGGACAAGGAAGCUGCUGAUCUUGUCCUGAAUCGAAGAGUCGAGCACAUCGAGGGUCUCAGGCGCCAUCCUAAUGUGCUCAAGUCGUCUGUGAACCACGCCGUUGACUUUGCGGGAACUACUGCCAGUCGGGUCCAUGCCAGAGCGCGGAAUAGCGGUUUCGCAGCCAUGGUCAGGGAGACGCGCACUAGGACUCGUGAAUCUGUGAACCAAAUCAUUGACGAACGAGCGGCGCGUAAAGCAGAAGAAGCAGCGGUGGCGGCAUCGAAGUCCACGCCGUCCCUCAAAAUCGUCGAACCUGACUCUCCUUCCCUUUCAACACCUGUCAGACCUGGACCGGGGCCUAUUGGCGGAGUCAACACACCACCCUCGCGAUCUCACACGCCCAACAGUGAACGAAGGCUGCGAGACGCGGCACGACUGCAAGCAGGUCAAGUGCUAAAGGGUGUCGCCAGCCGACUUAACGAGAAAGCCGGCAGACUCGAGGCCAAAAGCGUGCAGCAGUACGAGGGGACCUGA